AUGGGAGAUUUACCUCGUGUAAGAAUUACACCUGCUCGACCCUUUCUACACAGUGGAGAAGACUUUGCUGGGCCUUACCAAAUCCUGAGAUCUAAAGGUAGAGGAUGUAAUACAACUAAGGCUUACAUAGCAAUUUUUGUUUGCAUGUCAACAAAGGCCAAACACCUAGAAUUGGUUGGAGACCUUACCUCUGAGGCCUUUAUUGGAGCUUUCAGAAGAUUUGUAGCAAGAAGGGGAAGAUGUGCACAUCUCUGGAGCGACCAGGGAAGAAACUUCGUAGGUGCCAACAAAGAACUUGUAGCAGCUUGGGCAGACGCAAAGAUGAAGUUUGAAGGUCACAUUUCUGAAAUGUUAGCAUUAGAUGGCACACAAUGGCAUUUCAUACCUGCCUAUAGUCCUCACAUGGGCGGAUUAUGGGAAGCAGGUGUCAAAUCAAUGAAAUACCACAUGAAAAGAAUAUUGACUUGCAACCUAACCUAUGAAGAGAUGACGACCUUACUGUGUCAAAUAGAAGCUUGCCUUAACUCGCGCCCUCUUAGCCCUAUUGACGACUCAGACACGGACAACAUACUGCCACUUACCCCAGGGCACUUCUUAAUAGGCGAAGCUCCAAUCAAUGUACCCCACUCUGAUCUAAAGAACAUUCCUGUCAGUCACUUGUCACGAUAG